GGGACCCCUCCAAAACUGCGUGCCGUCCUUCAAGUCCGUCCGAGAAGGCCUCUCUCUGCAUGCACGCUUGCACAGCUCGGUAUGUCAUCGCUGCUCAGGCUCGCCCGCCGGCCCGAUUCCGCGGGCGACGCACCAGACACCUCACACAGACACAAGAUGAUACUCCGCGGCACCCGCACGCCCAGAAAAUGUCGCGGGCUCCUGCACGACUGAAUAGGCCGGCGCUGGGCACUGAUCCCCAGCGCGCGAUAGUCGCCGCCUGUCUGUCUGCCGCAUCUCCGGACCCGGAUCCCCUGGAGUGCAUGGGACAGGGACAGCACCGCGGCAGGCUGAUCCCCGGCGAGGCUACCAACUCGCCGUGCGCCCGGGUGCUCCGUCCCCGUCUGACGAACAACCGAACAGGCGAGGGGGAAUGCAGAGGGCUGCGGGUGGCAGACUGGCACGGGCAUGCGUUGGGAGAUGCCGUGAGGGUACAGGCUCCGCCGCUAUACUGCUUCAAGUGCCUGCAGCCCCCGCGGACUCGCGCUGUCUCGUUGGGUCCGCCCCGGAUCCCAGAACGAGGCUAACGCGGAUGGAUCCGCUGACAGGGACCCCGUUGCGGGCUGUCGACUUGGAGG